UGGGAGGUGCUAAGUCAACGUUUGAACCCAGCGCGGCAUAUUGAGAGUGUUAUUCGGUCAAUACGAACAAUCUGUGUGGCUUUUCGCAAAUAUAUGUAAAAAUAAAUGCAAGUAUGAAAUAGUUCUUUCAUCACAAGGGCUUGAGCUGAAAGAUCGAGCUUUUGGUUGUGGAAAAUGCCAAUUCGAGCAUAUUGUACAAUAUGUUCGGAUUUUUUCGAUAAUUCUAGAGAUGUGGCUGCUAUUCACUGUGGCCAUACCUUCCAUUAUGAAUGUCUUCUCCAGUGGUUCCAGACAGCUCCCAACAGGACCUGCCCACAAUGUCGCAAGCAGGUCAGCACCAGACACAUCAUAAGCAAGCUGUUCUUUGAUGUGGGUGAAGAGGAGGAAAGCUGCACUGUGGAUCCUGAAAGACUGCUGAAUGAGCUUGAUAGAGUGAAAGCCGUUUUGACGUCUAAAGAGAGAGACACAAGGGACAAGCAGAAGAUGGUGGAGGCUCUGAGGCAGACUGUGGAGAAGCAGAAGCUUGAUCUGGAGUCUGUGAAGAAGGUGGUUGAUGAGAAGGACAAGCUGUGCUCCGCCCUCCGGAAACAGAUGAAGUAUCUGGAGAACCAGCAAAGUGAGAUAUGGUCUGCUAAGGAGGAGACUCUGCGUCUGAGGACCAAACUGAAGACCUUUGAAAGCCUGGACCUGGUUCUACAGGGGCAGCAGGCUGAAGUGGAAGCCAUGAUCAUGGACAUGGGGGUUGGCCACUCUGCUGUAGAGCAGCUCUCCAUUUACUGCAUCUCCCUGAAAAAGGAGUAUGAGAAUCUUAAGGCCAGCCACAAAUCCUCCAAUGAGAUGUGUGAAAAGCUGAAGAAGGAACUUUUUGCCACAGAUAACAAGUUGCAGAAAACCACAUUGGAGAUGAACAGGUCGAAAGAGGAAAUUAAAGCAAUUCAGCAGGACUUGAACAAUUCAGACCAAGAGAUCACAAGUCUGAAGAAGAAGGUUGAGAUCUUGCAGAAGACACUUAGCACUCCAACUCGUACCAACGAAGUCCUCAGUAGACUGGUUUUGGAGAGCCCUGCUCCACUAGAACUGAAACAGCCUCAUCUCCAUCAGCCAAUGGACAGUGAAGAUAUUGACCUCAAUAUGUCCUUUGAUAUUGUCCACACCCCCAACCUGGCACAAAAGAAGCCUGCGAUUGGUCCAACCAAGAAGAUGCGCCUGGAGCCAACUGAUGCGAGGCCAUCGGGGUGUGCAGAAAAUGCAUCUUCAGGAAGCAAGGUCCAAGAUAAAGACGCCUUCCUGGAGCCAUUCUUGCGGAACUCCUUGCUCUUCAGGAAGAAGACCUUCGGCAGCAUGUUGGAUCCCCAGAGGAGUAGAGUUGGGGCUGUGAGAACGGGCUAUGAUGGGCUUGGAGGUCGGACAAAAUUCAUCCAGCCGUCACCCCUGUCGGAGAUCCGUCCACUAGCAAUGAAAGGCAAAAGGAAGAAGGUGUCCAGGCCAGUGAACGUCAAGCUGCCCACCUUGGACUGCUUCCUGGAGUGAUGGGGGCUCUUCUGCAUGAUUUCUGUCUUUCUUUGUCCCUGAGCCAAUCCAGCCUGCUUUCUGUAUUUGGUCAGUUUUGUACAUGAAUCUCCAUUGCCUUUCUCUCCCCUUUAAGGCUGUCUUUACUGACCAAUCACAGUCUAGGGGUGGGGUCAGAAGGAAAAAACUCAGAAAUGGUGGUUGAUCCCCAUAGAUGUAUUUUGUAUGCACAGCUGUGCAUGUAUAUGCAUCCAUGCGCUAUUCUUAGUGUAUUUUUAGUGUAUAUCUGGGUAUUGUUUUUAUGUUUUGAGCAUCACUUGUUUGUGUAUUUGCUCUUUAUUCAUCGCUAUAUAAAAGUGAAAUAUUAUUAAAAGGUUAUUUUGUC